UAUAAGGUUAGAAUUGUAGCAGUCCCCCAGGGUUUAGUGGUGGAUUGAGUAUGUGAUUGAUUGAAUAGUAUAAUAUAAACAAUAAAAUUAAUUAAAUGUAAAUUUAAUGGUUAAAAAAUCAAUAACAGACUUUAUGUAUAUGAGUUACUAAACUAUAGGGCAAAAACCUUUUAAACCAACGGCAAUUUCCGUAAACGCUGCGGUAACAACACCACGUAGGUGAUCCCACCCCGUCGGCGUUGCUUCCCUCCUCGACGCUCGUGCUUUCUUGAUUCAAAGAUUCCAAAAUAAUCUAUCAAAUAAUUAAUUAUUUCCCCGGUUUCCCCUCCAUGGCCGGCGAAGAAGCCCUAAAACCAAAAGUCGGCGACUCCCUGCUCUCCUCCAUGGCCGUCUCCCUCCUCUCCUCCAUCGCCGCCGCCGCCUCCUCUAAACUCCCCCUGCAGCACCAAUCCCUCCUCCGCCUCCUCCGCCGCGCCCUCCUCCUCCUCCUCCACGCCCUCCUCACCCUCCUCUUCCUCCUCCUCCCCCCGGUCAAUCCUAAGCCCCCGGCCCCGAUCCCCCGCGCCUCCCCCGCGGCCGCGCGCGCCCUCUCGCACGUGCUCGCCGUGGUGGCCCGCGUCCCCGUCGCCUCCCGCAAGUACGAGGCCGUCCGCUCCCUCGCCGAGCGCCUCCUCGACGACAACCUCCGCUUCUCCUGCGUCGGCGGCGGAGGGGCCGUUCUCGGGGAGCUCAACCGCGCCGCGCUCUCCGACGCGUUCGCUCGCACGCUGCGGCGCCUCGACGCCGCCGCGGCGGCGGCGGCGGCGGCGGGAGGGGAUGGCGGGGUGGAGAUGGUGGUGGGGGCGGUGAAAUCGAGGCUGCGUCGGUGGUGGUGGUCGGCGGCGGCGAUGGAGGGGGAGGAGGAGUACGAGGCGGUGGGACGACCGGCGGAGAAGCUGGCGGCGGAGAUGCUGUGGCUGGGGCAGAAGAUGUCGGAGUGCGGGGCUGCCGGUGAGGCGGUCGCGCUCUGGGGCGCCGCGUCGGCUCUCGCCCGCCGAUCCCUCGCCGUCGAGCCGCGGCUCCAGGCGGCCUUGCUCCGAGUUUCAGUUUUCUUAUUCAAGCAUGCCAACUCUAAACAAUUCGAAGAAGGUAAACAAGGGGAAGAAGAGAAGGAGAGGAUCAUCGCUGAUGGUCGGCUGGCCAUGUUGAUGUCGUGGCUGCCGCUUCUCUGCCAAGCAAGCAACGGCACGGAUUCUCCCGUAUUGAGCAGCAGGGAGAAAGAAGAGAUGGUGAGAGUGUUAGAGGAACUUAUUGAGAAGCUGAGUUGGGAGCAGCAGGAAGAGGUUUUGGCUCUCUGGCUUCACCACUUCGCCUCGUUCCCGGACUCCGAUUGGCCUAACCUGGAGGCCUCCUAUACCCGGUGGUACGCGGAAGCGCGCAAGCUCCUUUUGAAGUAUAGCCCAUAAAUUGAGAACGUAUUGAAAGCAAACAUAGUUUAAAUUCGAGGUAUAGUAAUUACUUAAAAGAAAAUGAUGUAUAAUGGUUAUGACGGUAAUAUAGGUAGCCCAGUACGUAGCUGAAUUAAAGUAGGACAUUAUUCUGUUCAUUAUUAUGGUAGUUUAUUAUUAUGAAAUAACUCUGGCUGGUUUCAGCUGAAGCACUGUACGAAGAGCUUUAGUCAGAUUUAUAUAUCUAUUCAUAGGAUGAAUCAGAUUAGCCUA